AUGAAGGAGCGAGAGAGGUCGGGCUCAGUGGACAAGGAGAAGAAGGACAAGGUGAAGAAGGAGAAAAAGAAAAAGGAGAAGAAAGAGGCCGCGAGCGCCGCCCCAUCCCUUCUCUACUUCUCCACAUCUACCGUGCCCACCGUCACCCACCCGGAGCUUCCGUCCCAGCUUGACAAGUUUCUGGUCACUCCGGGCAUGGACGUGGUUGACGGGCUCGUGAGUCGCCUGCGCGUGGAAGACAUGAGCGACGUGUGCAGCGACCUGUCCACCAUUUUCGAAGUUCAUGGGCAGACGCGACGCCUCAUCCAAUGGGCCGUUCGCAAGGAGCUGGCAGCAACCACCAAUUCGUCGUCGGUGUCGACGCUCUUCCGACAGACUGGCGUGGCCACGUGCAUGGUGUCCAUCGAAUGCAAGCGCAAGGGCGGCGAGUAUCUCGUGGCCCUGCUCCGUCCGUUCGUCCAGCGGAUAUGCAGCGAGACCAAGUCCAUGGAGGUGGAUCCGCUUCGCAUGCGCUCCCAGUCGGCCGAGGACCUCGAGAGCAACCGCCGGCGGCUGGUGGAGGCGUCACAGGAUGCGCUCGACCUCAUCUUCGCCUCGGCGAGCUCCUUCCCCGAAGCGCUCAAACACACAUUCCUCAUCGCGCACAACGAAAUUCUGCAAAAGCUGCCCAACAUGAGGUGGACGGCGAUAUCCAACUUCUACUUUCUGCGCUUCGUGGCGCCGGCCCUCGUGUCGCCCAAGGCCUCGGGCGUCUACGACGGCAAUCCGUCGCCCCAGGCCCUGCGGGCGCUCAUGCUCAUCUCCAAAACUCUUUCGAAUGCCGCCAACGGCGUUCCGUUCGGCGACAAGGAAGGCUACAUGACAAUCAUGAACAGCGUGAUCCUCGACAACCAGCCGCGCAUGCGGGCGUUCCUGGAGAAGCUCAUCGGCAUGACGGCCGACGUCGACGCCCCCGACACGCAGGCGACGCUGGCCUCCUUCCCGCUGCAAUCCGAUCUGCACAUGGCGCGCUGCCGCCUGCUGGCCGCGCUCUACUCGCACCGCAACGCCGUGCUGCCCGGGCUCAUGAACACGCCGACGCCCGUACCCGGCUGGACGCCGCCCGCCCGGAUGUCCCUGUCGGGCAACAACGCCGCCGUGGCGUUCCGGGUUCCAACGACCGACGGUGAGCGCAAGAGCUCGAGCGCCGAGACCACCGCCAUAGGCGCCGACGACAAGAGCAGCAAGGCCACGCUGGGCGAGAUGUUGGGCCAACUGCUCGAUGCCUACCGCGUGCACUGCCCGGAUUGGGUGUCCGACGAGGACAAGGAGACGAAGAAGAAGGUGCAAGAUGAGCUGCUGGAGAGGUUCGAGGAGGGCCUGGCUCACACCAUGCGCCCGGUCACGCCAUUAUCCGUGCCCUCCGGCCGUCUCUUCCGACUGCUCCUGGAUGUGGAAAAGCAGCGCACCAAGGAAUUGGAGGAGGAGUUGCGAAUCAUCAAACUCAAACUCAACACGGAGACCCAGGCCAAGCGCGACCUGCAGCUCCAGAUCCUGCGUGGCAACAACGCACCCGCGUCAAACGGGCCGUCUGCCGGUUGGGUGCGGGAACGGCAGCGAGUGGCCGGUCAGUUCGGGCAGAUGUACGACAUGUUGAGCGCCUUCCGAGGCCGGAUCGUGGAUCUCGAGCGCCUGGUCCUCAAUGAGGCGGCAACCGAAGGCGCCCCUUCAGGAGGAGGGGGACAAGUGCCCACCAUCAACUUUGCCUCUGGCCAGCCUGAACAUCCAAACGCGGGGGGUGCGUUGAGUCCGCGAAGCCGAGCCAAGGCAAGUAAGGACAAGGCCAAGGCCCAGAAGCGACGCUCGUGGAACUUGAAGCUGGGCAACCCGCUCGCCCACAACCCGUGA